GCGGCAAAUUGUCUUUUGUUUAUACACUCUACUAUUAUCCCUCUCACCUCAAAAUUUGUGAAUCAGUUACUAAAAUAUAAUUUAAUCUUGUUCCAUAAAAUUGCGAGAGAAACCAUCUUAUUUUAAAGAUGGGGGACCAAGAACUUCAAGCUCUAAACAUGGAUAUAAACCAGCAACAAAGCUUUGUUAGGUAUUUUCGAAACUUGCCACAAAAAGCUGCCUCCACUGUACGAUUGUUUAAUAGAACCGACUUUUAUACAUUGCAUGAAGAAGACGCGAAACUUGGAGCUGAUUUUACGUCGAAAAUCAUCAAGUACAUGGGUGAAACUCCCAAGCUUAGCUAUGUAUGUAUCAACAAGAAUCAAAUGGAAGCACUAGUUAGGGAACUCUUACUUAUCAGGCAGUAUAGAGUGGAAAUUUAUGUAAAAACUCCAGGAAAAAAUAAUGACUUUCAAUUAGAAUAUAAUGGUUCACCUGGAAAUCUUACUCAAUUUGAGCAAAUUUUGUUUGAGAACAAUACAAUAGACUCAUCCAAUUCUGUAAUGGGCUUAAAAAUAGGUAAGAAUAAUAGAACCAUUGCUGUUAGCAAUGUUAAUACAACAGAUUUAACCAUUGAAGUAUCAGAAUUUAUUGAUAAUGAAUGUUUUACUGAGUUGGAAGGUUUGCUUGCUCAAGUUAGCCCGAGGGAAUGUAUUAUACCCAGUAGUGGUGGGCCCGAGUUAAACAAUAUUAAAGCAAUCCUUGAAAAAAAUGGUAUUUUAGUAGCUCAACUCAAGAAAAGUGACUUUGACUCAUCAGACAUUACGCAAGACCUAAAUAGGUUAUUGUUUUUCCAAGUAGGCAAGGAAAAGAAAGCAGAGAUAUUUCCAGAAACCAACCUCAAAGAUGCCAUGGAUUGUUUGCAAGCUGUGAUAAAAUUUUUGAACCUUACUGGCAGCCAGUCUAAUUUUAACCAGUAUAAAAUUGGGACAAUUGAUAUUAAAAGGUAUGUGAGGGUAGACAAUGCUGCUCUUUAUGCAUUAAACAUUUUGCCAAAACCCAGUUUUAAUGAAGAAGGUGCCCCAGUAUUUACCAAUAUUCCUAAGAAUCAUAAUCUCAUAGGAAUUUUGAAUCAUUGUGUUACACCUCAAGGAAGAAGGUUAUUAGAACAGUGGAUUAAGCAACCUCUAAAGGAUCUCAAUCUCAUCAAUGAAAGACUAGAUGUUGUGGAAUGUUUGAUCAAGGAUUCAGAAAUCAGAAGAAUUAUUAGCAAAGAUGCAUUGACAAAAAUGCCUGAUCUGAUGUUAUUGUCAAAAAAGUUAUGGAGUAAGAAAGCAAAGUUGCAGGAUUGCUAUCGUUUAUAUCAGGCUAUAAACUAUCUACCAGGACUUCUAUAUACAUUGAGAAAAUUGGAAAACAGGUCUAUUAAGGAUGUAUUUAUAAACCCUCUUGGUGAAUUUAUAACAGAUAUGGAGAAAUAUCAAUCUAUGAUUGAGACCAUGUUGGAUUUGAAUUUAGUUGACAGACAUGAGUUCUUAAUAAAAAGUAAUGUUAACCCUGAAAUCAAUGAAUUGGCAAAGUCAAAAAAUGCCAUUGAAGAAAAAAUGCAGAAGUUACUUAAGAAGGCUGCCAAUGAUCUGGGGUUGGAAGAGGGUAAAAGUAUUAAGCUCGAGAACAAUCCUCAACAUGGAUAUUUCUUUAGAAUAACUAAAAAAGAAGAACAAGCUUUAAGACAGGCUAAAAGCUACAAAAUAAUAGAUGCUGUAGCUGGAGGUGUGCGUUUCAAUACAGAAAAAUUAAUUAUUCUUAACGAAGAAUAUUCAUCACUAAAUGAGAAAUAUGAAGAAUUACAGAAAGAAUUGGUGGAUGAGAUGAUAAAAGUUGCCGCUGGUUAUGCUGAUACAGUAAAGAGCAUUAAUGUCAUUUUAGCAACACUCGAUGUCCUGACAUCCUUUGCCAUUGCUGCUACUAGUGCUAAGGUACCUUAUGUGAGGCCUGUGAUGAAACCUAUAAAUCAGCAAGUUCUAAAAUUAACAAAGGUACGCCAUCCAUGCCUGGAACAGCAAGAUCAGCUAGAGUUUAUCCCAAACGACGUUAAUUUCGAUCAAUUAGACAAGACGUUUUAUAUCAUCACCGGCCCAAAUAUGUGCGGAAAAAGUACAUACAUUCGUUCGGUAGGUGUGUGCGUCCUAAUGGCUCACAUUGGCUGUUGGGUACCCUGCGACUAUGCAGAAAUAUCUCUAGUUGAUGGUAUCCUUGCGAGAGUAGGCGCUAGUGACAGUCAAGUAAAGGGGUUAUCGACUUUUAUGUUGGAAAUGAUUGAGACCGCCACCACAAUCAAAAGUGCGACUAAAAACUCCUUAAUUAUUAUUGAUGAGCUUGGUAGAGGUACUUCUACAUAUGACGGAUGCGGGAUAGCUUGGGCGAUAGCAGAGUAUCUCGCCACUGAAGUUAAGUGUUUUUCACUAUUUGCCACACAUUUUCACAAAAUCACUAAAUUAGCUGAUACGUGUUCAAGCGUAGGGAAUCUCCAUGUGACUGCUGUUACUACCCAUAAUGCUAUAACUCCACUAUAUCAAGUAAAGGAGGGAGAAUGCGAUAAGAGUUACGGAAUUCACUGUGCUAAAAUAGCAGAUUUUCCUCAUGAUGUUUUAAAAUGGGCAACUGAGAAUUUAAGCGAGUUGGAGCAUCAUGAAGGCAUGGCGUUAAUUAAGGAUUAUGAGAUUCCUCUGAAGAAGAAAAUAAUUGAGGAAGGGGAUAAAACGGUUAAAUUAGCCUUAAAAGCUUUGAAACAAGGAAUUGAUGAAGGUAAGAAGGAAGAAAAUUUGGAACAACUUGUGGGGAAAGUAAGAAAUGAAAUGGAAAUAAGUGAUAAUAAAUUUAUAAAAGGAUUGCUAAGCCAUCAGUCAAACUAAUCAGUUAUGGUUAUUUAUCCAACCUAUAUUUGUUUAAGUUUUUGUUAAUGUUUUUUUAUAAGUUUUCUACCUUUUUUAUACCAUAAUUCUAAGUAUUAUUUGUUUAUUAAAUUAAACUUUUAGAAGUAAACAACGUA